AUGGCGGCGGCGGUUACCGGAAACGCCUUGUCACGGCGGAGACAUAGAGCCGGAAGUUUCAGAGAUUCUCCAGAGGAGGAAGGUAGUCCGGUGGAGUUACCGGAGGCGGCGAGGCUGAGAGAUCGAGGAGGGAGUGGGAAGAAGGAGCGAGAUCGGGAACGUGAUAACCGGGAGAGAGAUCGGUUAAAUUGCCGGAGUAAAAGGAGAAGAGGAGAACGGUUAAUGAUGGUUCACGGUAAUGAUGACGACGGCGGCGACGAGGACACCUCGGAAGAGAGUGUCAACGACGAUGAAGAAUAUGAAGGAGCUUCGUUGAAGAUGCUUCCUCCGACGUCGUUUUCAUCGAAUCAUCACCAGAGGAAGAACUUUCCGCCGACAUCUAGAAGUUUCAGAUCGCCUCCUUCUCCGCAGGUAUCAGCUUGGAAGGCGGCGGCGGAUGAGAUGAUCGGAGUGUCGGUUCCUAGAAAAGCACGGUCAGCUUGUACUAAGAGACCACAUGAGUCUUGGGCUUCUAGUGCUACCGGUGGUGGUUUACUUUCUUCCGGAGAACAAAUCCACCACCACCGGCAAGUGUCAACUUCUCCUUCUCCUCCAGCUCCUACUUCUCCAUCUUCAUCCACUGUUUCUAUCCAUCGGAAAAAGAAGCCACAGCCACUCCCGCCGAAGUCUUCGUCGUGUAAAGUGUCAUCUCCGGUGGCUGUUCAAGACGAGAUAGAGAUUGAGAUCGCAGAAGUGUUGUACGGGAUGAUGAGGAUGCCUCUCGCCACAUCUAAACAAGAAUCCGACGAGGGAGGUGUAAAAACAACUGUGGAUGUCAAGUCCAAAGUAUCUUCACCCAUCUCUAAUUCUCAAACAGUUCUUCAGUCUAUUGCUCCGAAAAGAAAGAAGCAGAGGCAUCAUGUCAAAUACGACGACGAGAACAGUCCCGGCUUACCAUCACGCGCCACUGAAGCAGAAGCUCCUCCUUCCGGUGAACAGCUCAAGAGAUCAGGAUCCGCUGAAGAAAGCAGCUCGGCAUUGGAUUCGACCAAUCCACAGGCUAGAGAAAGAGAGAGCAGCUCUGUGGGGUUAGAUUCGAGAUCAGCUGAGAAGAAAGAAAACAAUCCGCCGCAAGAGGAAUCAAUAUUGCCGAAAGUGGAGUCUUCGUCACGAGUUAGAUCCGAUGGUGACGGAGCUACUACCAUUUCAGGAGCUAAAUCAAGCUCACUGGAGAAGGAGAAGUUUGAGAUAGAUCUGAUGGCCCCACCGCCGGUUAGAUCGUUAUCGGAGAGAGGUGGAGAGAUGGAAGGCGUGGCAGCAGAAGCUAAAUCUAAAGCCACGGAAGUGGAAACGGAAGAUAAGCCUCUGCGUAAGGAAGAUGGAGUUAGUGCGACGAUUCUUGAGUCUGAAGAGAAGAAGAGACCUAAAACGGUGGCCGAGACUGAACCUCAUAAGCCAGAGAGGAGUUGUGAACUAAAACUCGACUUGGAUAAAUCUGAUCACGUGAAUGUAAUAAACAAGCAUCAUGUUCAGAAACAGCCAUCGCAACAACAACUAUCUGUUCCAGAUAAAACAGCUCCUAGCCCUUUUCCUCUGCAUAUGUCAAUGCCUGGCUGGCCGGGGGGUCUUCCUACAGUGGGGUACGUGCCGCCUACGCAAGGAAUUGUCCCUACGGAUACUAGUUCCUUAUCAUCUGCGGCAAUGCAGCCUCCUCCGCAUUUACUUUUUAACCAACCGAGGCCGAAGAGAUGUGCAACACAUUGCUAUAUCGCUCGGAAUAUUCAAUCUCAUCAGCAAUUCACAAAGAUGAAUCCGUUCUGGCCUGGAUCAGCUCCAUUGUAUGGGACCAAGGCUUGCAAUCUCAGUCUUAUGCCUCCAACAGAACUUCAGGGGACUGUUUUGGGAAGAAGUUCCAAUCCUGUUCCAGAUAAGAACUCUCAAUCUACUUCCAAAAGCUCAGAUACAGCUCAGAGAAAUCAAAUAUUACUUCAACAAGCUCUGCCUCAAGGAGCAGCGAAUAACAUCAUGCAUGGUCCGACAUUCAUUUUCCCCGUGGGCCAGCAGCCUCAUACUGCUGCUACAAUAGCUGCCGCAUCUGUCAGGCCUCCUACUAGUGGCAACACAGCUUCGUCUGGUCCGACAGCUACUGCUAACUCCAUGAAUGGCUCUGCAUCAGCUAUUCCACCCGGUGGCCCAACAAUGACCUUCAGUUAUCCGGGCAUGCCAGGCAAUGAGACGCAGUAUAUGGCCAUCUUGCAGAAUAAUGGGUAUCCGUUCCCAGUCCAAGCACAUGUUGGUGGACCACCUGCUUAUAGGGGAGCUUCUGGGCAGCCGAUACCUUUCUUUAAUGGUUCGUUCUACCCGUCCCAAAUGAUCCAGCCUCCAUUUUCUCAGCCACAGAAGCAGCAACAGCAAGCUGCUCAAAUUCCCCAGAGCCAUGCUCCGAGCAGCCAAAAUGGAAGUGUUUCCACUGGUUCCUCAGCAGCACAAAAGCAUCUGCAAAACCAACAGCUAAGGCCACCAAUAAAUCACGGGAACCCCCAAGGAUUUCCGACUCACAAAGUUCAAUCCCAGCCUUUGAGUUUCCAGCAGAGGCAACCUAGAGAAAAUGCGACUCAACAUAGCGAGACUGUAGGAGGAGACAGCCCAUCAACUGCUGAUAGCCGGGGUUCUCGUUCAAGUGUUGCCUAUGGCCAGAACUAUGGUAUGCAGAUGCAACCACCCAACUUAGGCUUGAUGAGUUCAGCAGCCCCAGGGGGUGGAGUAGUCGUAUCCUCUAGCAAUCAUGGCGAAAAGAAAUCACAGCAUGUUUCAAAGGCUGGUCCUGAAUCGUUUCAGUCCCAGGGUUACGCCAUGACCUUUGCGAACAUGUCAUCUAUUGGUCAAAAUCACGCAAUGUUCCACAGCAUACCGGAAGCUGCAAGGCAAGGUUAUCAAAUGAUGGCAGCGAAUGUUGCUGCUCAAGCAGCGCAGCAGAAAAUUAACUACAGUGCUUCUUCAGAUGAUGGAAAAUCCGGGUCUAAUGCUACUGCUAAUACGAGGGAAGAACAAAGGAAAACAGGAGGGGCAACAGGGAAAACGAGUGGUGUGAAUGGUGCGCAGUCUAUUGCUUUCUCUAACAAACACGACGUAGCUGAUGCGUCUGUUUCUGCUGUAACGAGUGGUAGCAUCGUUGAUACAUCCCGUUUGCUCAGCCAUGGUUCUACUCAGCCACAGAGUUCCAGUUCUGUACUGACGUCUCAUCAGCAGCAGCAGCUGCAGCAAUUGCAACAGCAACAUCAGCAGCAGCAUUUGCAACGGAGUCAGUUGCAGCAACCUUAUAAUACCAUGUAUCUCCAGAAGCAGCAACGGUAUGCAACUUCAGUCGCUGCUUCUGCUGCUAGAACCAAAGGUCCUGUGGCAAGUAAUGGGAGUGGUUUCGCUGAUCAUAAUAUCUCUGUAUCACCAGCGGGGAGCGCUAAGUUUACAAAUGCCAAUUCAGGGUUUCCUCAAAACCUUGUUCAGUCAAGCAGCACUCAAGCGCAGUCUCCGCAGUGGAAAAACAAUUCACCCAGGACAUCAAACACUUCCCAAGCGCAGUCUCCGUCCAUACUGUCUCCACCAUCAUCUGCGUCUGUAAGAAACGUAUCCCAUAAACAGCAAAGCCGUCCUCAGCAGUCGCAGAUAUCUUUUGCAGCAAACUCAAAACCUAUGGUUUCUGGUUCACCAAUGCAGCAGGUGCAAGGAGGUGCCAACAACCAGGCUCCGUCUCCACCAAUGUUAGUUGGGUCACCUUCAACGUCUUCCGUCUCCAAAAACGCCGGUGGGAGCCCAAGAACAACUGCUUCGGCUUCAUCAGCUGUUAACAAAUCUGGACAAGCAUCCUCUACUACUCACUCAUCAUCUCAGCCUUCCAAGAACCUGCAGUCUUCAUCCGCAGCUUCUUCCCCUGGUGGAAGAAACAACAGUCCUUCAGUUCUGGGAAACCCCACCACAGUCUCUGGAUCCAAGUCCCAACAACAACAGCAACAGUUGCCAAAGCAUGGGUUGCAGCAGCAAGCCCAACUUUUCUUCUCUACUCCUUAUAUGCAAUCUCAACAUCAACAGCAGCAGAUGAGUAUAUCUCCUUCUGGUGGUUAUUACAUUCAAAGACAUCAGCAGCAACCAGGUUCAUCAGCUGCUGCUUCCGCAGCCGCUUGUCCUCCAGUCACCACAGGAGCCGUUACCGCCACUUCAGAUCCAGCGAAAGCCACCGCUGCAGCCAGUAACAUGAAAGGAGGAGGGGGAGGUUUGGGGAAGACACAGCAACAUCAGCUGGUACCUCCAGGGUUUCCGUAUGUACACACGGUUCCCUCUGCUGUUCAGGUAAAGCCCGUAGAUCAGAAGCAACAAGCGGGUGAGUGA